GUAGGGACCAAGGACCUAACAUCCCAGUCCGCACAAUUGUUAACAUGGACCCUAAAGUGCCAGAUUCCCCAGAGCUUGUGCUAGGAAAUAUGAAUGAAGAGGAGCCAGAGGAGGAAGAACCCGCCCCUGAGGAUCUUCUGAUCAUCAUAAAGAAGGAAAUGGAUCCAUUACCUAUUAAUGGAUUUCCAGAGGUCACUGUUGAGAGUUUAGAGGUGAAGUCAGAGAAAGAGGAACCUGACUCUGAGGAUUCUGAGACUCCAAUGAAGAGUGAAAUAGUUACAUUUAUUGUAGGAGAGGACGACCUGAAUACUUCAUCAACAGACUGGGACAUGUCUGACAAUACUGAGAGCCCAGCCCGUCCAAAAAAGAAAGGAAUGGCUGAUAUUUCCAAACAGUUAUCGCAUGGUGAUAGUGAACGUCCACAGCACAGAUCACUAGCGGACUCUGAGAGUGACAGAUCACAGAACUCUAAAGCAAAUAAGAGCAGUCGUAUGAUUUUACCAGCAGGAGGGAAACCAUCCUCAUGUUACGGAUGCGGAAAAAUCUUUACAGAAGAUACAGAGCUGCUCUGUCACCAUGAGACUAACACUGGGGAGAAUCUGUUUAAGUGCACAGAUUGCUUUUUUCAGAAAAAGAACUCUGCGAUGCAGGAAGAAAAUCAUACAAGGGAGAAAUCACAUCAAUGUACAGAAUGCGGAAAAUGCUUUAUGCAGAAGGAGAACCUCCAGUCGCACUACAGGAUUCACACAGGGGUAAAUCCUUUCACGUGUACACAGUGUGAAAGAAGCUUUCGUUAUGAACACACAUAUAACAGACACAAACGGUUUCAUGCACGUACAAAACCUUACACAUGUGACGUAUGUGAGAGAAACUUUAUCAGAGAAGGAGAACUUCUGAUUCACAACAGGGUUCAUACAGGAGAGAAGCCGUACUCAUGUACCGAGUGCGGGAAAAGUUUUUUACGCAAGACUUCCCUUUACACACACCAGAGAAGUCACACGAAGGAGAAACCUUAUGAGUGCACAGAGUGUGGCAAAUGUUUUACGCAGAAGCAAAACCUUCUGUCUCACCAGAAGAUUCACACAGGGGUGAAAGCGUACCGAUGUACUGUGUGCGGCAAAGGUUUUACGCUAAAGGGAAACCUCUUAUCACACUACGUGACCCACACUGGGGAGAGGCCUUUCUCAUGCACAGAGUGUGGGAGAAGCUUUUCACGCAAGAGCGCGCUCAUCCGACACCAAAAGAGCCACUAUGGUUGCAAUGGUUUUACGGAACAUACACCAGAAGAGCAGCAGAUAGUUAACAACUAACAUACCCUCAGAAUGAAAGAACAUUUGAUAAAUGAAAACAUGUCAGCUGUAAUCUCUCAAAAUGUUUGGGACAUCAACUCCUCUGAGUAUUUGUACUUUAUUUCAUGUAACAAUUAUUGCUAAUAUGGUAUAUUAUAAUAUGGUAUACAUCAUGGCGCUCUCUAAAUAAUUUAAGCAUUGCACAAAUUUAACUGUUAUACAAAAUUUUUAUCAAUAUUGCAAUAAGUAUUACAAAAUGUUCAAAAUCUUUUGUAUCUUGCAUUAAAUGGCUAAUGCAUAGGAAGUCACGGACAUAGUUAGCACGGUCCACCCAUUCCUCCAAGAACCAUGUUUAAAAAUUGAGAAAAAUGUACAUACAUGAGCCGUUAUUACUAGUUGUCAUUUGUUUAUAGGAACAACUUUGCUUUCGUAUAUAAGGAGAGUCCACGGGUGUCCAUAACAUGUGGGAUAUACUUCCUGCCAGCAGGUGGAGGUCAAGAACCCUCACAAGUGCUUUCAAUCCCUCCCAACUCUACUCCUCUCUCCAGUUAGUUCUUGGCCUCCAAGGUGAGAGGUUGAGUGAAGUGCUCUGCAAUCAAGUUUUUAUUAUUUUCUUAUUUAUUUAUUGGGAGCUCAGACCUGACUUGAGACCCUAUCCCCCUCUUUCAGUUUCACUAAAAGAAGAUUAGAAUGAAUGUGUGAAAUGGGUAGAGGAUUAUUUCUCUUAUGGCAUAGUCAUUACCCUUGUGGGUAAAUCUCUAAGCCAUAACUGUCCUUUGCCCUCGUGUGGACCCAGUCCAUCAGCCUCCACUAAAGAGGUUACUGGUAUAUCUGUUCAUAUCCUCUACAGUAGUACAGUAAGCUGAUAUCCACAGAUACCAUAUAGUUUGGGGGUUUCCAGCCCUUUCACUUGGUAUUUUACCUGUGUGCUUAACACUUACAAUUUUGACAUUUGGCCUCCAAAUUAAAGGACCAGUAAACACAGUAGAUUUGCAUAAUUAACAAAUGCAUAAAAAGACAAUGCAAUAGCACUUAUUCUGAACUUCAAAUGAGUAGUAGAUUUUUUUCAGACAAAUCUGUUAUGUCUAUUUCCACUCCCCCUGUAUCAUGUGACAGCCAUCAGCCAAUCACAAAUGUGCAUAUGAAUAUUCUGUGAAUUCUUGCACAUGCUCAGUAGGAGCUAAUGACUUAAAAAGUGUAAAUUAUAAAAAGACUGCCCAUUUUGUUAAUGAAAAUAAAUUGGAAAGUUGUUGAAAAUUGCUGCUUUAUCUGAAUCCGUUUAAUUUAAAGGGAUAGUAAACCCAAUUUUUUCAUGAUUCAGAUAGAGCAUGCAAUUUUAACCAACUUUCUAAUUUACUCCUAUUAAUUUUUCUUAGUUCUCUUGCUAUCUUUAUUUGAAAAUGCUGGAAUCUAAGAUAAGGAGCAGGCCCACUUUAGGUUCAGCACCUGGGUUGCACUUGCUGAUUCGUUCUAAACUUACGUUCUUGCUUUCCAAAUAAAGAUAGCAAGAGAACAAAAAAAAUUGAUAAUAGGAGUAAAUUAGAAAGUUGCUUAAAAUUGCAUGCUCUAUCAGAAUAAUGAAAGAAAAAAAAUUGGGUUUACUAUCCCUUUAAGGCUGCUGUCUGUGCAUCGGUACAGCGGUUAGCCCCCACCCUUUCCUUGGCGCCCAUUCUCCUAAUUUCCUUUGCUCUGAAAAUAGCAAAAAUUUUCCCUGAGGCACCCUUCAGACUUUUUCUCAUCUAAUUGCCUAGAUUUUAACUCUUCCUUGUCCAGAAGGCUGUUAGUACCCUCAAAAGAGCUGUUAAAGGACCACUAAACAAAAAUUGUAAACUUCAUUAUUUUGAACCUUCAUAUCUGAGAAUAAUUUUGCAAUGAAAAAUGCAGCUUUAUUUUGUCAAAUGAUUAUAUUGUUUUAUGUUAAUUUCACCUAAACAUUUGGAAAUCCUUAUUUUCUUUGGUGUUCUAAAUGAUUUCCAAGAAAAACAUUUAGAAGUCAUCCUAGAAUUCUUCUGUUUCUCCAAGAUAUCCUUUAAAAGGUUACAUUUCUGCCUUGUCAGGUUUGUUUCAUAAGAAGUUGGCUAAGUUGCCUGAUGAUCAAACUUUUUUUCAUGCCUUGGUGAGAAUUCUUCCUAUUGAUAGGCAUAUUUCUCCUCCUUGGAACCUUUAAUCUGGUUCUGUUUUGCAAAGUCCUCCCUUUGAACCUAUGCAUAAUUUGGACCUAGCAUUGUUGCCUUUUUUAUCUAUCCAUCUCUUCAGCUAAACAAGUUUCUAAACGCUUAGCUUUUUCUUAUGAUUCUCCCUUUUGGUUUUUCAUGGGGGAUAAAGUGGAUCUCAGUACCAAAUAUGAUUUUCUUCCUAAGGUUGUAUCUUCUGAAAACAUUAACCAGGAAAUUUGUUGUUCCUUCUCUGUGUCCAAAUCCUUCUAAUUUUAAGAAACAUCUUCUACACUAUUUUGGAUUUGGUAAGAGCCUUAAAAUAUUAUCUUUAGGGUACUAAAGAUUUUAGACAAACCUUUUAUUUGUUUCAGGUAAUAGGAAAGGUCAAAAGGCCACAGCAGUGACAUUAGCUUCAUGGCUCAAACAGACAAUACGUAAAGCUUACUUGGUUGUGGGACAACUGCCUCCAAAACGAGUUAGUGCACAUUCCACUAGAUCUGUAUCUAUUACUUGGGCCUUCAAGAAUGAGGCUUCUUUGGAACAGAUUUGCAAAGCGACAACUUUGUCUUCUCUCCAUACCUUUUUUCAAAAUUUUACCUUUUUAUGUUUUUGCUUCUUCAGAAGCUGCUUUUGGCAGGAGUGUUCGGCAAAUAGGAACUACCCUUUAUUUGUCCCACUUGUGCUUUACAUGAACUCUCAGCUUUAGUAUUGUAUCCCACAUGUUAUGGACACCUAUGGACUCUCCUCAUCUACGAAAGAAAACGGAAUAUAUACUUACCGAUAAAUGUAUUUAUUUUGGAGUGAGGAGAGUCCAUGGAACCCGCCCUAUUUUUUGUAGAAUCGAAGGGCAACGUAUUUGCAGUUCUUAACCCUGCUUUUGGUCUUUCAUUUAACCUUUUUUUUUAAACCUCUGCUCGGCUAUACGUUAGUUGUAGAAAAGUAGAGUUGGGAGGGAUUGAAAGCUCUUGUGAGAGUUCUUGACCUCCACCUGCUGUCAUGAAGUAUAUCCUACAUGUUAUGGAUACCCAUGGACUCUCCACUCUGAAAGAGAGAAAUUUAUCGGUAAGUAUAAAUUCUGUUUUUCAUAUAAUGCCACACAUUCGCUGACCCUUAUCUUUGUCCUAGUCAUCUAUAUGAAUCUACGUCAGUAUUGCUCGGCACAGCUUUGUUUUGUUUCUUUUAACUAAAAAGAACUCCUCUUGAACCUGGCCUACUGCUCCGGUAGUGAAGCUGCAGUGUGUAAUUUUCUUGCUCCAUUUAACUUGUAAAUUGGAGAAGUAAGCCUUUCUCAAGUCUUUGUCUCUGACUUUUUCUUUAUUCCAUUAUGUAAAUCUUUUUUUUUCUGCACUGGGUACCCAAGUUAUUAAUACGUUGUGCAAAAUUUAUCAUGAUUACAGACAGGCAUGUUUGUAAGUAGAGAACCUGUCUGCCUGCAAUUGCCACUUGGGAUGCUGCACUGUGUGGUGAAAUGUAACAUUGGACAAGAGCGCAAUAGGUUGCACUAGAGCAGGGCAUGUGAUCCUGUACAAGUGAGUGUCGGGGGGGAGGCAAAAGAAGCGGAUUCUGCUUCUUAAUUUUUUGUGGCUCCAGACACGCUCAUGCACCUGCACCAUAUAGUCUCAAAAGCUGCGACUGCAGCUUAGUACAUUUACCCCAUUGUAUAGCAGGACUUGAUGUACAUCUUCAAAAUCUAACUGUAUCCACUCACAUACUGUCAGUUAUUUAACCUUGUGUUUGUAUUGUGAUUUAACCACUUAAUGGUCUAUUUAAAUUCCCUGCUGCACGUGCUUCUGACAAACGCCCACAGCACUCAUGAGAUAUUAAAUUGUAAAAAAAACCUUCCAUUUAUGUUCCUAAUAAUCUAAUUUACCUGCUAGAGUCUAUUAUAUCAUUUGAAAUAGCUGAUUUUGCCUUUAAGAACCACCACCUACACUAAAAAUAUGAAUACUUUUGUAUUAUCUAAAGAAAAGCUAUAUAAACAAGAACCAGCAGCAGCCGAGGGACAGAUACUAAAAUGUUAAUUUUCAGUAGCUUGAAGUAUUACUGUUUGUAAGAUGAGGCAUGUGUGUAUACAAAAAUAGAUGAGAAAAUAUCUUCUGUUUCAACAAGCUCAGCCCAUUUAAGUGGUUGUGUAUGAAAUAACUGAUAUACAGUAUUUGAAACUCUGAAGCUGAUAUAACAAGUAAUUGGAAACAUAUUAAGGGGAACCCAAUUGUACAGUACAGUAUGUCUUUAAUGCUCAAAUGCACAAGGAUCAGAAUACUGUACUAACUUGGAGUGUUUGGCGGUGGCUUCACGACAAGCCCAUCUGAUCCCUUUGCCAGCUGGCAUCACUUGUUGCAUGAUGAGAAUAACCUUUUGGUUAGAUAAGAAGUGAAACCAUGUUAGUUUACUAGUCUGUGAGUAAGUGCCAUGUUCUACAUCAGUAUCCUGCAAUAUCUUCUGGGAAACUUCCAGUGUCUGGUUUGCACAAUGUAAUGUAACCUGAUUAGAGGUGUAGCAUUAAGUAGCUUUGAGCUGUAUGGUAUCAGUCUGAUUCUUGCUAUUGUCUGGUGUGUGUAAAAAAUCAUGAUAGUCUGUACAAAAAUGCAAAUAUGUAAAUAAACAAUCAAAAUUUAAAGAAAAAAAA